GAAAUGCCUAAACCCAGAUAUCUCCGGAGAUAGUAGCUAGGGUUUGGUGUCUUUGUUUUGGUCGAGAUGGCAAUGGUGGUCAGUAAUUCGAAAUUGAAAAUUAGGUGUUGGAGCGAUGGCUGCUGCAAAUUACCAAUGGAGAUAAUUGAGGAGAUAGUGUUAAGAUCAGAUGCAAAAUCUGUGAUACGGUUCAAGUGUGUGAGCAGAUAUUGGUUGUCCAGAUUAAGUGAGCCAAGUUUCAUGAAUGCCUACCACAAACGACAGGUACCUCGUACCCUCAUGGGCGUCCAUUUCACUGGUUGGUCUGUGUUUCUCAGUGGUCGUGGAGGUUGUGUGGAUCUAUUUUCAGUUCGUAUCUCCGAAAACUUCGAUCAGAUUUCUUCUCAGGUAUACAGUUUUGAGAGGAAGGCUUCGGAAAUGGUCUUUAUGGGCAGUGAUAGUGGUGUGAUUUGCUUGCGAGGACGAUAUGAUAAUUCUGUUUAUCUUUGGAACCCCGCAAUCGAAAAGCAUAAGAAACUUCCUCGAACUCCGCCCCCUCCUUCUAAUCUUAACCUUCAUAUUUUUUUGUAUGGAUUUGGGUACGAACCAUUGACCAAUGAUUUCAAAGUGGUGGCUGUAGGUGGUGGAGGUGAACGGUCUGGCUAUGGAAGUAUGCUGUGUGGUAACUUCUUUCUAAAAGGUGAACAAGUUUCAGUAUAUAGUUCGAAAAGCGAUUCAUGGAAAACUAUGGUCAUGCCUGACCUUAUCUCUUCAGAUCAACAUGAUAAUCACUCUACCCUGAUGGUUGUUAUUACGUCUAUGGGGUCCGUUGUUGUUAGUGACUCUAUUCAUUGGCCAAUCGCUAUUCACCGUUUAACACCUAGAUAUGAAAAAUUGGCUGAUGACGUAGUUGCUUUUGAUCUAAGUAGUGAGGAAUUUAAGCUCAUUAAAGCCCCUUCAUCUUUAAAAAAUAAGGGCUUUAUCAAUAGAAGUAUCUCUAACUUUUGUGGCUGCCUAUCUCUGAAUACUUCAUCAUUGUCAUGUAUCGAGAUAUGGGUGAUGAAGAAAUAUGGUGUGUGGGAUUCUUGGACUAAAUAUCUUUACGUGGACUUUGCUAACCAAACUGUGCCAUCAUCCUUAAGAAAACACUUCCGGCCACACUUCCGGCCAUUAGGUGUUUCACAUAAUGGUAACCUCUUACUUGAAUCAAGAAGCCUUGAUGUGAAGAACAGGUAUGUUCUAUCCUUUUAUGAUCCUAAGAGUAGGACAGUCUACUAUAUUGGUGAACGGGAGAGUCGUUACUACUUUGCUAAUUAUGCUGAGAGUAUCUUUCUAGGUUAAAAAGAGGGCAAAGUUUUUUUUACCUUUGGUUCUUUAAAGUAUUGUUCUUUGAUGAUUAAUUUUCUUCCUCUUAAUUCUAAUUGUGUUGUUUGGGUGUUUAGUACUUUGUGUUUUUGGAAUAUUUUUUAGUUUAUUUUGGUUUCGAUUUAGAUUUUUUGUUAUUUGUUCGUUAAAAUUCAUGCUUACUUUUUAUAUUUUUGUUUUGUGGGCAUGCAUACUUUUUAUCUACAUACAAGUUGAAUCUACGAUAUAAUUGAAUUGAACAAUCAAAUAUGAAACAACAAAGUGAACUAAGUAAACAGAGAGGUUGAGUUUAUAAACAAAUUCUAAUUCUGCUAGUUUUGUUUAUCCUAUUUUAUCAUACUUCAUAUUCACCAAAGCACAAAGCAAAACAUGUUUAUAUCAAAACGACGAGUUCAAUAUAAUGUUUGGAGUAAAAACAUUUAUCACAGCCUAUAAAUAAAAUUCCAUUGGAAUAGAGGAGAAGAAAAUUACAAAAUAAGGUGAUUUUGCAAGUCCACAGCCUUGGUGUUCAAGAGAGUAAUCCAUUUCAUAUUAGUUGCAUAAUUUCAAAUUUGCAUAAAUAUAAUUCUUUUCACAAUCAUUUAUAGAAAAGAAUUAAUUCCUGUUCACAUGAUAUAGCUUGAAUUAACUCACAUGGACUUUUCAUUACAAGACAUGCAUGGAGGCAAUUGUCAAUGUUUUUGACUGUUUUAUUCAUGAAACUCAUCAUCAUGGAAUUAUAUAUAUGUUCUAUUCAAUAAUGAAAGCAGAAGCGUAAAGGUAAUCAAGGAAUUAUUAAGAUUGAAACUCCUAACUUGGCAAAGCCGAAGACCUUGAAAGGUAGAGACAUUGAUGUAAGUUUCACAACUUUCCCUCUGUACAUUGUUUGUUGUGUACUUGUAUAGAAAUGCAAUGCUGUUUUAUUAAU